AUGGUUGAUAGUGUCCUGGUUUUAGAAGGCAAAAAAUCAAGUAAGCGAUUAAUCUGUUUAUAUGUUGAUUCGUACUAAUCUUUUAUUGCAAAGAAUAGAUAAAAUCUGGCGAUUUGUCCGGUUGAUACUUGGUGAGAAGACCUAUAGACACGGAGGAAAUUUAGGAUGUCGAACCAGUUUGAUCGGAUCGACACAACUACAUUUCCCGAACUUCGUGUUAAAUGCUUAGUUUAUGUCCCGUGUUUUUCGUAUAAUAGUUCAGAAAUGAAAUAGUAGCAGUAUAAUCUGCAAUAGGAUCGUUAAUUCGAUUUCUGGAAUUAACAUUUUGUACCGUGAGUGAUAUGAGUUAUUUGGCUAAUUGUUUACUUGAUUGUUUUGGAGGGAAAUUUUUGGGUCGAUUUCUUUGUUUAUGUCGGAAGUGAGUUUCUUUUUCUAUUUAUGUAUUAUAUUUCUAAUAAUGUUCUUGUUUGUUCUUCAAAUCGCCCUAAUUUUUUUAAUCAUACGUAUGCAGUUAAGUGUUGGAACUAAAUGCAUUGCUCAUUAAGAGCAUUUCAAUUUUUGACAGAUAUAAAGUUAAAGGGAAAGAAAGCCCAUUCUUUCCUCUGACAUGUUAAUUGUUAUUAACACCCAAUGGUAAUAACAGACAAGAUACAGUGAAACCUCUCCACAUCUCAGCUCAGAGUCUUUGGGAGCAGGGUUAAGUGGUCAUUCUUUACAGGAUAAAACAAAGGUGAAUUGAAUUUCAAAACAGUCUGCGGUCACGAAACUCUCAGAAACUUUAUUGUUAUUGGCUGGCUAUUAAUUUUUAAGGCCAGGGACAGUUUUGGUUCACUAAUCUACCAUUUCGUCUACCAAUGAAACAAGUAGCAAGGGCACCCAAUAACAGUUUCCUCUUAAAUACAUUGCACAGUUAUUAGGCUAUCCCGAUAACUUUCAUAUCUCUGGAGAUGAAUUCUAUGGAGGGCUAUAAAAUAUGUAUCUGUUCGGUCAUCGGCCUAGGGUAACCCGAGUCUUUUCAAAGUUACAAGGGCUUCAGUUAUUAUUUUCCCAAAAAUUUUAUUUGUGAAUUUUUUGAUUCGUCUCUUCAUCACAUUUGCCAAUCUGCGAAUUUUAGGUUUGCUUUUUCCAUGAAAUAUAGCCUAACCUGGGGAGGUGAACGUGAAAAAUUUUUAUGGAAUUUAUAAGAUAAGCUUCAAAAAGCAUACAUGACUGGAACGACCAUUGUCGCCCUCAUGCUACAGAAAAAUCGAGGCAAUAUUUGCUUCUCCCUACAGUUGGGUGCCCCUGAAGUAUUUCUGAGUGCUUUGUGCCCCCCUCCCCACCCCCACUCCACCCCAACACAGUGACCUUUGGGUGUGUGGAGAGGUUGAACCAAGUGAAUGUAUCUCCCUUGGGGUAACAAAAGUGCUCCUUGUGGAGUAGUGACCAUUGGCAAAGGUUCAUUUUUAACAGUGUCUGUUGAAUUGUAGUUUGGUUAUCCCUUGACCUGUUUUUUUUUUAUUGGCCUAUUCCUGAAAAUAUCCAUACCACGCCGCGGACAGCUUUUCGGAAUUGCGAGGGCAAAUGGGGUUCUUUGAACUGGACCUCUUUGUUUUCUGUUAAGGGAAAAAUUGUUUCAUGGUGUUUGUUCUUUUGUUUUACUCCAUCUGUGUCCGGCACACAAGGUAAAUGCCCCAAAUUGGGCAUAUUUAUGAACCCUGCUGUAAAUUCCGAAGGGUUUGACAAAAAAGAAAAUCCAGACGGGAGGGGGGUUAAUGAUUAUGUAAUUACAAGGGCAUGGGGCGGGGGGGGGAUAACCCAUUUUUAAAAUUCUUAAGGCAAGGGCAGGUUAAAGUAUGGAAACGGUCUGUAGUGUGGUACGAAUAUUUUCUGGAAUUACCCACAGGCCAUUUUUGAUAUAAAAUCAUCCAUUUUACCAUUAAUUCAUCAUGAAAUAGGUUUGAUAACAGAAAAAAAAGCUAUUCUCAUUUAUUAUGUCAACCCUUUGAUGACGGCUUUGGCCAUUUUGUGGUUCUAAGGAAUGAUGCGUAUUUCCCUUCCCGGACCAAUUAGCUUUCAGUAUAAGUGUUUAGGUUGGUCAACAGCAAAGAUGGUUCUUUCCACAGGAAACUUUGAUCACUCUUGAGAGAGUUACAUAAAAAAGCCAAUUAACAUUAAUUUUUUGGUAAAAAAAAUCCACUGUCUUCCAAUUUUAUUAUUCAAGAAAACAUCUGUAGGUUUUCUUUUAAAAGAGAAUUUUUAGAAACUGAUUUGUUUGUUGAAUUAUUUAAGGUGAUAACAUGUCUCAACAUUCACAAAAUUCCACUACCUCACUGGAGCCUAUUCUAAGUCAGGAGACUUUUAAUGACAUCUUCUCGACAGUGCAAGGCUUUCUCAAACCAGAAGAUUUGUCAAGGUAACAGUUUAAUAUAAGUCUUCUGGUAGGGUGUGAUAAAUACUGGUGAAAUGCAGAAUUUCAGGUACAGCUGAAGUUCACAUUUUGUGAAAAAAGGGCUAUGCAAUCAUGCAGCAAACGUUAUUUACUUAGGCAUGAUGCGUAGUGUCCUACAGGUGUGUAUUACACUGUCCUAUUUAUGCUGAAAUUAGUGUGUCUGGUAGCUUAUCAGAUUAGAGCUUUUUGAUAUUAAUAUUAGUAAUGAUUACUACAGAUAAAAAGACUGAGUGGUCUCCAAUUCGGUCUGUAAUGAUACAAGUGAUUUUCAAAAUUGGAUGACGGUGUGGCUGGAGUUUGAUUUGUUUUUAAUUAAUCACGAGUGUGAUUACAGGCUGAAGUGGAUGACACAAAGUUCUAUCACUAAUAAUCAAUAACUAACAAAAUUUAUUAUGUUUUAAGCUACAUUGUAUUUUAAAACCAAGAGUGCUUUAGUCACCCUUGGUAUUCUUUAACUUACAAGAAAAUACAAUUUCGUUAUUAAUAUGUGUAUGGUCAUUAUUUUCUGAACAAUAGGAGCUAUACACUUUAGGUUUACCAAAAUUGACCGAGAGAAUGUAUGUCCCACUUCUUCUGUCUUAGAUACUUGUAACACCAUCAGUGCUUUCUGUUUUUAGGAUUCAAACGGAAUAUAAUGAAGCACCCAGAGUCGUUCAAUUGACUGAAAGCAACAUACAUGGUAUAUUCUUAACCACUUUCUUAUACGUAAAGAAAAUACGCACUACAAGGCCUAUUGUUACUGAGUGAGAAGUUCCUUGGGUUAAAAAUUGUUGCAAAAUAGUAUUUUAACGAGGAAAUUAGUAACGUUUGGUUUAGAGAGAUAGUGAAAAGGCUAAGGGCUCUCAUUAAAAUUUUACGUUGCCAGGUAAAUGACACAAGUAGGUGGGGAAUCAAACAGCUGGGGAUUUUGUUUGCUUUUAAUUUUCCUUCCAUUUUCCUAAUAAAGUAGGUGGAAAUCACGUUCGUAAUGGUGUGGGGAUAUCCCCGGCUCCCAGCCCUUAAUGACAGCCCUGAAGGCUACACAGUACCUGGGAGCUAUAUACGACAACAGUUGUCGGGGAUCGCAGUAUAUGAAACCCAAAUUGUAGGCUUUGGGGAUUCCUAGGAAUCUAACAAACAAGAGGUUUUUAAAGGGCCAUGUUCUUAGUAGCUGGGGGAAAUCCUUGACCCCACCUCUUAAUGACAACCCUGUAUUGAAAUCUCUACUUGCUUUUCUGUUUCUGUUUCUUUCAGAAAAUGUGAUGUUUAACUUAGAAGCAGUAAGCGUGGUGAGACCAGAGGUAAGUGUAACAAUCAUCAUACUCUUCUCUUGAACAGCAUUGAUCUACAUACAAAACAGUUAAACUCAUUGAGCAGUUACUUACCAAAUUCCUGAAAAGUCUUUUCCAAUUGCCUCAUAAAAUUAUGCCAAAGAAAAGCUGUUUGAAGUAUGUUGAAACAGUUUCUGUUCACUAUUGACCAAAGAGAGCCAAGAUUGACCAAAGUGUUGUUUACAACUCUAAAUUAGCACAAGUUCAGGAAUGCACUGUGAACAAGAUUUCAAGAUUGUAGAUAAUUCUAUAGUUGUAGUAGAUGUAGAUGCAUUUGCUUCAAAAGAUUGCCUGUAGGAACCUCUAGGUCAUUAACUAGAUUUUAUCUCUACAACUUUAUUGUCUACAGGCUUUAAAACUGCUAACUAGGGAAUCUUUUCUAUUUAUUUUAACAGCUUGAAUUUCCUUUUCCUCCUGACCAACCUUUUACAAGAACUGUGUUGAAACAAGAGCCUAUAGAAUCGCCUUCAGAACAAGACACUAAGCCAUUCUUUCCUCCGAUGGUGACUACCCCUCCCCCUGAUCUGCCCAACACACAGCCUCUCAUUGUGUGCAAUACAGAUUUCCCAGGCAAUUGGGGAUUCGGCAUCGGGUUUGAGGAGGAAAAAAGUCCUCCCACCAAGUCAGCACAGUGGACUUAUUCUCCUUACCUUGAGAAGUUGUUUAUGAAGAUGAGGUGCAUUGUUCCAAUGAGAAUAAAAAUGCGAGGUUAGAUAGCUUAGUCACAUUUUCUAUUAUUAUAUACGGCUGGUUCCGCAAGAGGGCAAGAUGAAGUGAAUCCUAGUUUUUCUGAUCAGCCACUCAUCUUGCCUGCAUGUUGUUUCCCACUUUAGUCUUGCAAGAGAAUAGUUCUCUUGGCCAAUGAUAUAAUAUUAUGAUAUAUCCCAUGUUGAUUUAGCUGGAGAAAACAGCUGACAUUUUGCGACGCCACCAACAGUUUCCCUGCAAAAUGACAUCUGAGAAACUAGUGCAGAAAUUCCAUACUAAUGACUCGUUACUACCCAGAUCUGGGUACUGCUUCUGAUUGGUCAUGCCAUUUGUGAAAUUUGCUUCAACCAAUCAGAGGCAUUACCCAGAUCUGGGUAGUGAUACAUUAUCCGUAUGGAAUUUCUGUGCUAGUUUCUCAGAUGUCUUUUUGCGGGGAAACCAUUGGUGGCAUCACAAAAUGUCACUUGCAAAAUGCCUAGCACUUUUUUGCCUGUUCGUUUUUGAAGUGUUUGCCUUUGGCAAUUCUUCAUUUGUUUCAAGGCUUUUAGCACUUUUUUUUGGUACGAUACCAAAAAAAACAAUUACAUGUAUUUCUCAGAGAGUGAUAACUUAACUCGUCCAGAGGACUAGUGGGAAAGAAAACUACUCGUUUUCAGAUUUUUUUACUUGUUUUGGAUGAGUGGAUGACCAUUAAGUUUGAGCACUGCAUUGGAAAAUUAAUGUGGUCCAAAUUAAAGAUCAUGGGAGAUGUGUUGGUUGCAUCUAAGCAUAGCCACAUCUUGUAAGCUUAGCUUAGCUUAAUUUAGAGCCACCAAUAAGGAAGCAAACCAUCAAUGUCCUAAAUAAAUGUUUAAAUCAGGGUUGUCACCAAAGUUUCAAGUUGCCAGGUAUAGGCACUUAGUAGGCAGGGAUUUGAACUGUAAGGAAGCUCUUUUGGUCCCAUGUAACUAUUUUCCUUUUGUGGCCUAUGAAAGUAGCCAUGGGCUAUAUCCAUAAUAGCCAGGAGAAAUCCCCAGCCCUUAUUGAAAGCCUUGUGCUAACCAAUCUUGUUUUGUUGCAGAAUUUCCUACCACUUCUGGAUUCUUUGUUAGAGUUGUUGUAAUUUACAAGCAACCAGAACAUUAUAGAGAAAUUGUCGAACGAUGUCCUAACCACAUCACAAAACAGAAAGACGGUGAGCCAGAGUCGAGAAGUUAUCAUUUAUAAUUUUAAUUUCUUAUGAAAGAUAAUCGUAGACAGGCCUGCAAAUAAUAAUUGUUAACAGCAAUAUCAUCUUCUUAUCACCUGACUGGUUGAAGGUUGUUAGAGACCUCUAGAUUCUAAGACAAGAAUGACCAUGAAGAUGAAAGUUAAUUCUCUCAACACCAAGUAGUGCAUAAGUGUGAACGAUCAUUUUUGGGGAAAAAAUUCACAGCCAUCUUCAUUCUACUCCGGGUUUAUCUAGAAUAUCGUAGUGAUGAAAAUAGUGUUCAAAUGUAACUUAGAAGAUUUAUCAUUUUGCAAUUGGGAGGGGGCUUCACCUUCAUCAAUAAAAAUUACUUCAUCAACUUUUCUGGUGAUAAAAAGUAAAAUGAAGCUCUUUUGUGUGACAAUGAAUACAUGAUGAAACGUAGAGUUAAGUCUUGUUCUGACUUGUAGUGGUCCUCGUCCUCAAAUAAAGGUCUCUAGUUAUAAUUCUAACAUCCCACUCCUCAGACUGACGUCCUCUGACUCAACUUGUUCUUUUUUCAGGGCAUCAUGCUCCAAAGCAUUUACUGAGAUGUGAAAAUCCACAAACUCUGUAUGAGACCUGCCCUGAGACUGGUCGGCACAGUUUAAAGAUACCCCUGGGGGUAGCACAAGGUGAGUAAUAAUAUAGGGGCUUCUAAAAAUAAAUACAUGUACCUCUAGCAUAAAAUAAGGAAUGAGAAUGAAGGCAUGGCUGAAAAAUAUACCUGACCUGGGAGUAGCACAAAAUGAGUAUAAGUGAUCAGCGUGCAAAGCAAGUAGUGUCCGAUAGCCCAGGGCUAGUGAAUUUUGCUAUCGGGCUAGUGAAUUUUAAACUUAACUUGCCCGACAGGCAAGUGAAGUUUUUUGAGGAAUUCAAAUUAAAGAAGAACUGUGAAACCAAUUCUCUCAUCAAAACGUUUUUGGAGCUCGUUGAAAUGACGUUUGGGCUAGUAUAUAUGCUAGCUUCAGCUUGUCCGAGUGGCAAGCUUAAAAAAUCACUUUCUUUGCACCCUGGUGAUAAUUUGGGAGUUUCCCUUUUGGAAAUACCUCAAGGAUUAGUCUUUUUUGUGCUUUAAAUAUAUAGAAGGACUAUAUUUUAAUUUCAGUUAACUGUAAUAAAGUGUUUUGGCAUCUGUCUCCAGAUGAACUGUCUGGUCACGUUAAGGCCCAAGCAUUUUCAAUUUAGGACUCAUUGGUUGUGGACCGGACUCGUGAUUUUUCACAAGAUGAGUCCCAGGACUUACCAUAACUAUUUGUAACAAAAUCACUGGAGUACCUAGUAGCAUAUGAUGAGGGGGUUUCUUACUGAUCUGACUGAUCUUCCCUUGGGAUUAUCAUAAUGAAUUGGAAUUCAAGGUAGAGGGCUCUUUCCUGUUUUUAGUUAAAACUUGUGAUAACCAAAGGUUGUGGAGUGUGGACGACAACGAUCAAACUAGGUCAAAACGCUUUUGCUCCAUUGCUGUGCUUCUGCAUAAGUUUCACGUGCCAGAUAGUCAAAACAUGCGUGAUCAGAUUAUGAGUGAAAGAAGGUCCAAACUUGCCUGAUCAAAUUGCUUCCUGUGCAUUCCAAUCAUUCUUAGUGGAAGAAAAACAAAUGAUGGCUACAUACAUGCAACGUAUGCGCAAUAAAAAACUGGAGAUUAGAUUUGCCGCCCGCAAGUAAUUUAAGACGUCUUACAUGUAUGCCAUGGUGAAUAUAAGAUCGCGGGAUGUGCAUGUUUGAAAAUCUCUCUGACUUAAGGGGGGAGUCUGGUUAAAAUUUGGGGGAAAUGAUGUUGAUUUGGGAAGGAGAUAUAUGAGGGUAGAAUUGGUGUGUGCAUGAACCAGUUAGUCCGCUAAUGGGAUCAGAGGCACCUUGUUGAGGUGGCAGACUAUCUGGUAACUGUCUACUAAUUUUUCACUUCACAUUUCAGUUUUUAACAACCUCCAAAUCCAAUAUUUUUCCUUUUUUCUCCAAAUUUUGCUCAUCUCCCCCCUAAAUUUUACACAUUAAAAACAUUUGAAAAAUCAUCAUCCAAAAAUUCACAAAUAAUUAUUGAACUAAGGACUGUAACUUAAUUAUUGAGUCACUUUUUGAUUGCAUGAAAUCGUGGCUAGAUAUUUAAGAGAAAGAGUCUAAAUCAAGGAAAAGUAAUCCUUUUAACCAGACUGCUCCAUUAAGCAUGCUGUGAUUAAAGUGUUGCAGAGAAGGGAAAUACAGGUGCAUGCCUGUUCAUGUGCUUUGGCACUGUAUUGUAUCUAGCACCUCAAGCACAAUAGCUAAAAGAACUUUGUCUUCUUGUUCAUACAAAAGCUUGCGUUUCUUUUGCAUUUUUGAUUUAAAAGGCAGCUUUGAUUGAUUUUGUUUGUUUGUUUUCAUGUUUUGCUUUUCAUAGCUGGAAGUGAUUUUGUCACCGAAAUGUUUCAAAUGAUGUGCUUUAGCUCAUGUCCAGGAGGCUUAAACAGGCGUCCAAUCCUGGUGAUCUUUACUUUAGAAUAUGGGUGAGUUUGAUUGCUUGGUCUCACAGUUCUCUUUUUCUUAUAGAUCAUUAUAUAUUAUAAAUUUAAUUCAUUCAAUUGGCUGUUGCAAAUCAAACACCUCUGGGUAUUAAACCCAUUUCUUGUACUGCUUGUGACAUCAUCAGUUUCAAAUAAUCAUGCAAAACUUUGACAAUGACUUGUGCUGGGGGAAGAGGUCUUUCAAACCAUCCCCAAAAGAGUAUGAUUUAUUCAAACAGUCCCGAGAAAAAUUAAAAAAAAUCUACAGUUGACUGAAAACAUUCCUAUGUGUUCCACUACCAACCUACACUUCCUUGUUAAUAGCGACAGCAAAAAGAAAAAACAAAAACAGGGCAAGAAAAGUAAAAGAAUAGAGGAAGAGAAUAAAAGGAAAGGUAAAAUUUGAGGAGGUAGCUUUGACAGUUAAACCCCAAAACUUUAUUUUUGAAAAUUUUUUUUCUGCCCAUGCCUGAACUUCAGAAGCUGAUAUUUACUAUCAGGAACAGAGGGCCAUGAAGUGCUCAAGAUAUAAACAGCAUUUUGCACAGUUUUGGUUUGCUUUGGCUGGACAUACUACAAUGUACGAGCAAAGAGCCAAGCAUUUUUUGGAAAAAUUUCUAAUUGCAAAUGGGUUAAUACUGUUAACACUGUUCAUCCUUUACUUCCAGAAAUAGAGUUGUAGGGCGAAAAGCUCAAAAUGUCCGAAUCUGUGCUUGUCCUGGGAGAGACAGAGGGAUUGAGGAAAAUGCAGAAGCAAAAAGACGAGAAAGAGACCCAACAUUUAACUCAUCCGAGACCCAAGUGCAACCGAUCCGUACCUCAACUCCCAACAUGACCCCACCUCCUACCCCUCAAGUGAUUUCAGCUCCUCACAGCCCCCCCGCUGAGGGGCCAUCAACAUCUGCAGGAAGCACAGGGGAAGCGAACAAGGCACCAGUACCAAAACUAUCCAAAAAACGAUGUGAGUAUGCAGAUUAUUUUUUAAUUCCUGAUCUUAUAAGAUAGAAGUGAACUAAAGCAUAAUGGUGAUCACUGGCGUAACCCUUUAAGUCCCAAUUAAUAGUGACCAAGAUCAAUUUUCUCCUAACAAUAUCCAUACACUGUCAAGAGAUAAGUUAUGAGAAUUAAUAAAAUGAUCACCAAAGAGAAAAUGCCAUGAUCUUAUUUUCAAAUUCUCUCAACUAUAUCUUUAUGGGAAUGUAUGGAGAUCAGUUUGGAGAAUUUGUACAUGGAUACUGGGGCUUAAAGGAUUAAAAGUCAGUAACACUAGGAUGGUCUCUGUUGCCAUUUGUUUAGUCCUACCGUUACCACGCUUGAAAAGUACCAUGAGCCUGCUUAUGUGGGACAUUUUAGUGCUUUGGACUUUGGCCACAUGGACAAUUUUUGUGGGUGUUUGAUGGUACUGUGAGUUGAACACUAUUGAUUUAUCAUCCUAGUGCAGAUGGGUGUGCUCAAUAUAGAUGGCGAAGAUUUACUGUUUAUCCCCAGAAGUCUUGGGUCAUAGAUUUCACAAACUGUUGGUUUCACUCUGUGGUAGGAUAGUUUCAUUUAUAUUUUGUCAAAUUUUUGUUGAAUUAAGUGAACCAUCGGACCUCUACAGCCACAAAGAAGGAAGGUGAAGGUACGUUUUGUCAAAAUCUGCUGAUAAGUUGAUUUAACAGUGAACUAACUGUGACUAUCUAUGACUGGCACAUUUCAGUUAAAAUAUGUUUUUGGCAGUUUGUCAAGUUAUGAGAAACCUUUUUUUAAAGACCUUAUUAAUAACAAAUGUAACUGACUGUGCAAGUUCUGUUUGAUCAUUUUUGAUCUUGUGGUGAAACUUAAGUUACAAAAAUUUCUUUAAACUGCAGGCUGAAACCAACAAUCUGUGAAAUGAUAUUUUUUCCUGUUGCUGGGAUGCGUAAUACAAGGCUACAAUCUUGGACAAACAUUGUUAAGAAUUUUGCAUUUUCUCUCCGCCAAGUCUGAAUGCCAAUCUUGCAGAUAGUGCUGAGGCCCCACCCCUCACCCUAGGGUGGUCAAUGUUGUUCAGUUGAGGUCAGAAAUGAUCGAGCAGGACUUCAACAUUGUUUUUUUUUCGGGGGGGGGGGGGGGGGCGAGGAGGGAGUAUUUGUAACCGCCUGUGUUUUCAAGAGCUUUAUCUUGAUACGUACUAGACAUGGAAAUGUCCAUUUUUCUUAAAAUUUUUGUUUAAGACUGUAGCUAUUUAAUCCCUUAUUUCUACAUGUUGUUACCAAAGGUCAACAUAGAAAAAAAGUAAUAGCUUUUUUCAAAUUCCAAAUGAUUGUUUCUUGUUUCUGCAGCGUACUCCUCUUUGUCAUCAGGGUUUGAGGUUCGUGCUGUUACUGUGGAUAAAAAUCCUCUGAAGAAAAUUAAGACUCAAGAUGAGGAGAUUUUUACAAUACAAGUGAGUUUAUUUUCAAGUACUAGUCACCUUUUGGCUUCAACGUUUGAUUCGUGGACUAGAGAUGUGAUGUUGUUCUAAUUUAUGUUUAUUUUUUCUAUGAACAAAUUUCUCUUUGAUUAGGUCUCUGUGACAGACGAUUAGUUUUUAUCAUUUUUAUUUUUCUGUUCUGAUAUACAAAUUACAAAUUUGAUAUAUGCUUGUCACACUCCAGCACACUGGGCCCAGUGGUUUGAAGUCCGAUUAGCACUAACCUGGGAUGAAAUUUAAACCUGGGUUUCUUAUUCUUUUGUUCAAGAGUAUUUUCAGGGUUUUCAACAGUUUUUGAAGUAGGAGUUGCGUUUAUUUGAGUAGGAGUUGCAAGGCCCGGAGGGCCUUGCUCUCUAGGGGGGUCUGGGGGCAUGUCCCCCCAGGAAAUUUUGAAUUUCUAGACUCUUGGAGACGCAUUUUCCCGCAUUUUGAGACGUAGAACUAGCAAAUUUUAGAUAUCGAAAAUACUGAUAAAUUUUGAUGCUUUUAGUAACUUUAACCACAAUAUUAGGGUACGCUUUAACCACAAUCAGGGUUUUUAUGUGGCAUAUUGUUGUAAGUUAAUAUUUAAUGUUAAGAUUUGGAUUUUAAGCCUUUAGUAUGUUAGUCAUUGUAUAGGAAUUUAUUGUACCUGAUGAUUUUUACCGUGUAUAAAUAAUGAUUAAAGAUUAGAUUAAAGAUUAAAGAUUAGUACAUAAUUUGGGUUGAAAAAAGUAAAAGUGGUUAAGAAACAGCGAAGGUAAUUGAAUUUUCAAUAACCAACAAAAGCUACUUGUGUAUACUUUGUUCAUGUAGACCCAUGUACUUGGAUAGCUGUUUGUCCAGUCUAGACAGCAGCAUUUUUUCUGGGCCUUCUCUUGAUGCCUGGAAAAGGCUGAAAAACAUACUAAAGCUAUACACGAACUGUUUUAAACUCAAACAAAAUUUACAAUUUUGAAUAUCCUUAUUACUUAUCGAUCACAAACACCGUUCAGUCCUACUUCAUCAUUCAAUUGAAGUGAAAUAUGGUAGUAUCUACAAGUCAAAACAUGGAGAUUCUUUGUCAUCUGAGAAAAAGACUUUUAGUCAGAAAAGUCCUCACUAUCAUCGUCAUCAUCCUCCCAUCCACUGUCAUGUGCUUCACUGUCGUCCGAUUCGCCAUGCUCUUCAUCUAGGCAGAAGACUUUUGCUACCACUGCUUCUUGUUCUUUCUCCUCAAUUUGAACUAUUUCCUCUUCCGUUUGCGUACCGGCAUCUGCUUGGGUAAUCUUCGGGAAAACAUUACAUUAUUACCUGCAGCAUCCUUUUUCUUUUUCCUGUUUGUCACUGUCAGCGACCACAUCUCCCGUAAACCACGCUGUCGCUUUUCUGCCAUUUUGCCGUGUUCUUGGAGACGAAAUGUGGCGUUUUAUAUAGAGUGGCUUCAGAAACCGCUAACUACAAUGUUCCCUGUAACUGAGACCCAGUCUUCGACUCGUCCUCAACGUUUACUCAACGUAUUACGCAGAGAACGUAUUUUAAAAGCAGACUCAAGCGAUGUUUUGGCGAAAUUCUCCAGAAAAAUUUCAAGUUUGCUUGCUCGCAACAGCUUUGUGAACACUUACCACUUUUUUUCAAAAGUUUUAUUUAUCAUAUAAUUUACCUAAGGGAAAGUAGGCGUCGCAAAUCAAAAAGUUGCCGUCGGAUGCGACGGCCGACGGCUGAUUUUGAAAACACUGAUUGUCUCGGGUAAUUUCUCUAUUCUCCAUAGAGCAUCAAAUCAUGGCAUUCACUGAAGGCAAAAAGAGUGAGACUGAAUUUGCUUGUUAAGCCACUUUCAAAUCUGAAUUUUAAACUUCUUACUGACCCUGGGUUAUGUUAACCCUGCUUUGAACAACCCAGCCCUUUUGGAUAAAUUUAACCCAUUCAGUCUUAAACCCAAUUUACAUGCGCUAAAAAAUCGGCGCGGCACGCCAAAUUUUUGGCACCGUGCUUCAUUUCCCGUGGUGAGAGUACCUCUGGGAGGUAGUCUCAGCACCCCUAAAAUCUUGAGCACUGGUGCCACAUUUCAUUUGGGACCGAUGUGUUUACACGUCGAAAAUUGGGAGUGCUGUGCCUUAAAAUCAUCAGCACAGUGGCAAAAAUUUGGUGUGCCGUGCCAAUUUUUUUAGCGCGUAUAAAUGGGGUUUAAGUCCAUAUUUUUCGCUGUAACUUUUAAAUCUGUUGACAAAAUCCUGUAGUUUUAAUCAUUAAAAUGACACCAUUUUGUUGGCAGAAUGAAUGCACGCAUGGUUUUAAUUUUUUUUUUUGUGUCGGAUUUGGCUAAAAAUUUGGGGUUUUUUUUGUGCUUAUUUUUUCUCUUUAGCCACCAACUGUAAGUGAAAUGGUUAAAAUAAUUUAUUAAUGAAUUUCAUUGCUGGGACAAAGUUUAAUCUGCAAGUGUUUUGUAGCUGUAAUGUUUCUAAUGUUCCUCUUGCUGUAGGUUAAGGGGCGUGAAAAAUAUGAAAUGCUCCUUAAGAUCAAAGAAGGCCUAGAUUUAAUGGACUUAGUGCCACAGGCUCAAAUUGAUAAAUACAGGGCCAGGUAAGAGUUGAAUGACAGACAAAACCUUAUUUUUCUGUGUAAAGCCUGUGCAAACGAAUUCAACACCGUUGGUCAACAACUCCCAACAUUGCUGGAUGUUACAUGUAAUUGCAUGUUGUUGCAUGUUGUUGGGAUUACUUUGAUACACAAAGUUUGAAACUGGACAAAGUUUUGAGCCAACAACUCCCAACAUUUCUUUUGUUCUGCAAAAAUAUCACUGAGUGAAGCUCGACAAUGUUUGAUCUGUUUGCACAGUUCUUCCAACUUUGUAGGGGCCUUUUUUGCGCAUUGUACAUGGUCUCCAAAGUCUUAUGGGUUGCAUCCUUCCCUCAAUGAACUGCAGGUCCCAACAUUGUUGCAUCCAAUUGCACACCACUGCCAACACGGACACAACAACUCCCAACAUUGUUGACCCAACAAUGUUAACAGUUGUUGUGUCAGUUUGCACUGAUUACAUCCUCAGUCACUUAUCUGAAUAUUUAUUUUUGAAAACAAAGAUUUUUUGCUCUGAUUCCAAUUAAAAAAUAUACAUGUCCAUGCACAUGUAGUGUAAUAUGCAGAUCAAUUUCCCCCCUCCACAGGAGAAAUUGCCAAGUAAAGUGAUGCAGAAAGCCAAAAUAUCAAAGCUUUAAUGGAUGGCAGGUGUUGGGAAAAAAAUUGCAUUGGAGCAAAUUAUUUUGUAAAACUUCAUGGAUGAAUUUAAGCAUAGUCACCAGUGAUAGUAAUGUGAUGCUCAGGAAAUGUUUUUCAUAGCCAUGAUGUUGUCAAUAAAAGAGUUUUGCUUUCAUUGUAUUUUCCAAUUAUACCAAUUUUAUCCUUAAGACUGGAAUGCAUGCUAUGACCUAUCUGUUAAUCCCUUAUAUUUUUCAUUAUACUGAUGUUGGCCUUAACUAGGCAUCUGUAUGUUUACAAAUCCUUUGGUCAUGGCUAGCCAAUAAUGAAUUACCCCAAUCUUUUUAAUUUCAUUCACACAGGGAGAAAUGACUUUUUUAAUUUCUGUUUUAUUUUACAGCUGUCCGCCGUGUGGAAGAGUGGUGAGAAAUUUGCAAAACUCGGAUUCACAAAACUCCACGGAUUCACAGCAGGCAAGUCUUGCAAAUGUGCUCAAAUUUGUCAUUUGCUUUUAUUCGACAAUUAAGUUACAACACCAUGAGAAAUAAAACAGACAAAAGUCAGUAAUCAAUGUGUAUUAUCAUUCGAGGCAAAUUUUUCUUUCUUUUCAUUGGCCGAGAGCCCACCGUGUGUCCUGCAAAUUACUGCCUACAAAUAAUGGUCUGCUCAUGCGCAAUGCCGUCCAACUGUGUUUUGCUGCAAAUAGUAUGCUGCUCAUUCAUAAAGGAAACUGUGCUGUUCUCCUUCUUGUGAUCAUUUUUGCGUAAAAAUGGCAGAUUGCUUGACUUCCCAAGGAUAUUCAUUAAAAAACAAACUCGGUGAUCGAAUGUUAAAACAUUAUUAUUGAACUCAGUUAUCGCAAAAUAUCUUGAUUUGUCAGUGUCGCGCAGAUCAUAUAGAUCUCCUCGCCACAGACAAAUCACAAUAUUUUGCUCAACCUCGUCCAUUAUUGUUAAUUGUUAGAAACUGCUUUUACCCAGUUCUGUCUGUGGAUCAAGGCUGGGCUUAAAUAAAACAUAAAUAUAAGAUCCCAAGAUACUGUGCUUUAUCUCCCAUACUGAUACAUGUCAACUAGUAGCUAGUAAAAGUUGAUGUGAAGUAACCCAUUCAUUCUGACAGAGUAAGGCCCAUAGUUGCUGCUGUCACUGUCUCUUUAACACUUGCGUUUAGGAUUGAACUCUGUUACACAAUUUACAAAAUUGACAAUUUUUCACGAUGACCUUGCGAAAACUACAAAAUUUGCAAUAUUGACUAUUUUUCACAGUUACCUUUCAAAAAGCAGCGACACAAAUUUGACAAUUUUGUGCUUGUAAAUUUCUCAUUUAUUUCUUCUACAAGCAUUAUUUGUUUACUUCUCUUGCUUUUACUAGCUUCAUGAAUAUGGCUGGCUGUCGGCUCUAGCCACAUUAUUGAACAUUCAAAUAAGUUAAUGUAAUUUGACAAAAUGGGUUGUUGUUGUUUUUGUCAUCACAGGAUGAAAUGGAUAACACUCCCCCUAUGUUGUCUCAACUUUCACGCUCUGACUCUGGUUCAUCCACGCAAUCACCCCCUUCAUCUCAGCAGAGCUCUGGAGGAGCCGCUGGAAUCAAUGCUGUGAGGUUCACACUAAGACGAACGGUAUCUUUAGAAAAAAAAUCAGCACACCAUCAUCAUGAUCUACUUUUAGCUUCAUGAGCCAGAGAGAGAAUGAUGGUUUUAAAUGUAGCUGUGGUUAACCCUUUAAGCCCCAAUAUCCACAUACAAAUUCUCCAAACCGAUCUCCAUAGAUUUUCUUAAGAAUUACUUGAGAGAAUUUGAUAAAAGAUUAUGGCAUUUUCCCUUUGGUGAUCAUUUUAUUAAUUCUCAUAACUUUAUUUCUUGACAAUGUAUGGAUAUUAUUAGGAGAAAAUUGUUUUUGGUCACUAUUGGCACUCAAAGGGUUAAAAGUGAGUGUAACCAUCAUCUUGAUGAACUGGCAGAGGCAUUAGAAGGGUCAUGGCCAAAAUGCAUGUCUUUUUGAUGUAUUCUUUUUGGUUUUUAGCUUAUAGCUAUCCUAGGGCUUGCACAGUAGUUAAUCUCACUCUCGGAACUAAGGCUUCUGAGAUGUAGCAUAUUACAGUGCCUCUUCAAAACACAUGAACUCUGAAGUUUAAAAGCCGACUGCACCAUAAAUAUUUUAUUGCAUUUUUUGCUGUCACCCAACAAAAUUACAAUCACAAGCAUGAACCUUAAAACACAAGAACGCGUAAAAUGGAUCAAAAUCCUCCAAUCAAAAAUCACUAAGCAUGACCUUUUCAACUUGAAGUAAACUUCUGUUUUCCAAGAGGCUUCUAAGAUGACCAACCACAGCAAACAGUCAUUACUGGGCAUUUGAACUUCAGAGGUUGCAUGCUGUUCACAGCAUUAGUAAAAUAAAUUUUACUGACCAAACAUUUCUGUGCAAACCCUGGAUGUUGUUACAGCUGAUGCCUUAGGGGAUUUCUUAACUUUUCACUGAAUCAAAUUUCUUUGAGAUGUUUUUACUGCGCAAUGGAAUUAUCAAAACACGGGAUGGUCAGAGUAUUUUUGUAUAAGUGGAAUUUCCAGAGGGCCUAGAUUUUAUUUAUCACAGAAUUAUGUGAUGACACAGGAGCUAAAUGCAUAAUGAAAGACUUCUCAUGUGGUAUAAAUUGUUCAAAUUAUUUUGUAGCCUAAUGAUUUUUUAAAAGAUCAAUUUAUUGAAUUUUAGAUUCAAACUUAGUGUCUUCCUAUCUUUAGCUUUAGGCAUCUUGAGAGGCUUUAGACAUGUACAGUGUCCUUGUUGUGUUAUGUUUUGAUAAUAAAGACAACCAGGCCUAUAACACUUAACUUAAUAAUUAAGUCCUAAGAAUGAUCAACAUUAACUUUCUCCCAGCGAUAUCAGUACAUAAAAAGAGUAAGGAUUUUGAGAGUUGAUGAAAACGAUCGAUUCCCCAAAAGGAAGUUAUUUUUCAACUAAUUCUUAAAGGAAAUGUAUGAAGAUCAAUCUUCAACCUCAUCUGAAACCUCUUUACUUUGAGUGCACAAUUCAAUGUGAUCUUUAAAUUUUUGUUUCUGUUUGCUCUGUAUUGCUAUAGGGAUUUAAUGUAAGAAAUUUUAGAGACCUUUGGCUGACUUCUUUCAGCUUCAGAUGUCCAUUUGAUAGGAGCGAAUAGUGCACAUUAAAGUAGGAAAUAAUUUUGGGGGGUAAAAUAUGUCAAAACCUGUUUCGGGUUGGAGGCUUUUCAAAAUGUGUAUAAACUGUAUAUUAAUGCAAGGGUUUUGUUAAGACAUGUUAUUGUUAAUAGUUAACGUGAUGUACGGCGCUAGUCGUUGCUGUCUGAUUUUAAGAAGUGAAGGGUCUCUCCCCCUCCCAUACCCCUGACUUUGGGGGAUUCCCAUUUGAAAGGGGCAGAUUUUGGUACCACUUAGCAGGGUUCUAUCUAGGAUUUAUAGUUUUGGGGGAGAAGUGCCAAGUGGCCGAAAAGCGAGGAGCUUCCUAGGGGGGUCCGGAAAUUUUUUGAAAUGAGUAUGCGCUGAGAUGCAAUCUAGUGCAUUUUGAGACACAAUUUGGAGAAAUGUUGCACUGACCUCGUCGCGUCUGGAUGAUUUUCCCGAUAUAGUUACUUUUGUAAUGAUAACAAUAUUUUUGGGGGGGAGGGGGUGGGGAAGCUUCUACCCCUUAAAUACCCUACAUAGAACCCUGCAAGUUGGAGUGCUCAGCAAGGAAUGCCAAUACAGUCAAAUCUGAACCUCUAUUAAGCAGUCAUCUCUUAAAGUCCCGAAAUCAUUUCCGUCAGUUACUGCAAAAAUGACCAGUAUUAAGUAGUCACGGCCACCAUUUCUGCAGUCCCAAUGAAAUAUUUUUUAUUGUCUUCACCUCUGUUAGAUGGUCAGUUUGACAAUAAUUAAUAUUUCCCAUACUAGUGCAACAGAUAUAAUAAGUAUGGCAUUUUUUGUUCUCUUACAUCCUUUUUUUGGCACAAGGUGAGGUAGAGGCACUUUGAGUUCAUUUUGUCUUGGGUAGAUAUUUCUUUCUUCGACCGUCUUUAUUUUUUGCCAUUCCUCUAGGGUGAUAGUCUGCUGUACAGCCGUUUUUAGUGAUGUCACGCAACGCUCCUAAUGGGAAGAGCGUUGCGUGACGACACUAAAAACGGCUGUGUAGCAGACUACUAGGGUGAACGCCUAAUACAGGUUUGACUGUAUUGCAUGACUCACAUUUUAAGAGUUGCACAUGAAGAAAUAUGGUAGCUAAGGCCCGGUUCAGACGCCGCUCCACUCAUGUGAACAUGCCGAACCAAACUGAUGAAUUACAUACGGCAAAAGAGCGGCGUUUGAAUUUAUUUGGCACGGCAAUUUAAGUUAAUUGGUGAAGAAAAAGCGUUUAGUUCUAGUUAGACAAUCGCAUACUGUUGUAACAGCUCAAGGGUUUUUCUUAUACCUCUUGUAAAAAACUUAGGGGUUAAAAAGUAACUUUUGGGGAGGGGGAGGAGAAGCUGAUAUUAUUUGCAUUUGUACUGUAUAGGGUACUGUCAGUCAGUCAGAUUGUAAUAAAAAUGUUUUUAUAAAACAAUUUUCUGUAAAUACCAUGCCAUUCAGUUUCUGAUCCAUACUGUUGCUCGGUUUGCCGUUUUCAAUCAGGCUGUAUUUUUAAAAUGUUCCGUGCCGAGGAUUUGCCAUGUUAAAAUUUCCAAUGGAUCUACGCUCAACUUUUCGAUCACCUAUGUUCUUUAUGUACUAUUAGGACCACCCUCCUAGAUGCAGCAUUUAUUACUGGGCCCAGUUGUUCGGAGGCUGAUUAGGGUUUACCCUGGGUUAAACUUAACUCUUGUGUUCUAAAGCAGUUUCUGGGAUAAUUUUCUCUCUUAUUUUUAGAGCUUCCGAUUAUCAUCUUGUAGACAACAAGAAUUAGAACAGAAACGCUUUUUAAGCUUUCAAAUCUGAAUUAAAAUCUCGCACUAACCCUGGGUUAUCUUAUGAACAACCCGGCCCUGGAGCUUGGGUUUCAGGCCGUGCGAACACUAUUUUAGUUCUGAAAAAUUAAAACAAAUGACUUAAGAUCCUUCUCCUUGUUCAACCAAUUAUGAAACAUGUCCCAAACUAUUAAAAACUUUUCAUCUGUGACUGAUAACCAAUACGGCAAUUGCUGCAUCAUGUUAAAUAUCACAGCUUACGGAAUCGAAGUCUGUUAUCAAAAUUUGAGAAGUUGCAAACGAUGAACCGGCGAAUUUCAAUUACAGGCUUCUUUUCGCUGUUUCGAGCUAUUUUUCUACUUCUCACUGCUUAGUUACAUAAACAUUACGCUGUCACCUGAGUAGCGAAAUAAAAUAAUUCCAGACACCCCAAAACAAUAGCUCUCUUGACCAAUGAAAGAGAGAUUUGCAGACUUCCUACGAUUAUCAAAGCAGUAAGAACUUAUUUAUUUACUGCGUUGCUAGGUAACUGACGUCACAAAGUCUUUGUGCCGUGAACGAUUACGACAAAAGAAGACAAAGGACCUCCCUUGCGACAAUCGAAUUCGGAGUAUUUUGGUUUCUACGACUGACUUAUUGACUAUCUUUUUUAUUUCUGCUUGCUUCGAAAGUCGAUUCUGGCGGUAAAGUCCGGGCAAAACCUCUGGCUACAGCAGAGUUUGCUACUACGCGACAAAACGAUGAAAAUUGAGCUCAAACUUUGCAUAGCGAACAGCUGAGACACAGGCAGCAAAGAUGACGGUGCCAAUUAUGUCCGAAGAGUAAGUGUCUUUGUCUUGUCGUUUAGUUUUGCGACCAGUCUAAAAGGCACAUAAAUAGCAAGAAUCAUUUGUAUUACUUUAGGUCAACGCAAGACGAGAGGGAUAACUACACUUCUGUGCCUAUCGUAGUUCUUACGGUUCAUCGCGCACAAGAAGAAGCGAGGGAGCAGAACCCGAAUGGCAAUUUCGAAGAAGAAGACGCAUUGCCGGUGAGUUGAGUAUUGGACUUUUCGAAACGAAAAUAGAUUUAUGUGAUGUAGACUUCAAUCUCAUUUAAAUAUCGGAAUCUUUGAUUCCUUUUUAUGUUUAAAAACCACAGCUCAACAAUUAGCCGUACACUUGUUGUACUUACCGAACUUUGAUGACAAAUCGCGGCAAAUAUGGCUUGCAUUUGGAAUUUUACCCGCGUAUUUAAGUAACUCUUAAUCCUCAGUUGAUCGUCUUAAAAUUCCUUGAUGAUGUAUUGUCUUGUUACAACAUUUUUUUAUGCAUAAGGCCAGUAUUAAAAAACUUUUCUGGACUGUUGUACAUGUGUUGUUGUUUUUGCUUCCGAAAUCAGCUGUAAGCUUUUUUACGAAACGACCAGUUUUAGCCCUACAGUACUUCAACUUAUAGUGUGUUGAGUAGGAAAAGUGCAAGAUUAUAAAAAUAGUUAACAGUAAAAAUGUGUAAACGGAAAACUUUUGACAGUAAGUUAUGACGGAAAAAAAUGUAAAUUAGCAUGGGUAUUUCUAACUUUGCAAUCUUUGCCAUUUAUUUUUAAGCUCCCGUCGUCAAAAUACAGGUACAGCAAAUGGCAUGAGCUUGAAGAUAUGGAUGUGAAAGGAAACAUGUUACGGUCACCAAGGGUACGAAGAAGUGAGUAGGAUUGUGUAUUCAUAUUCCCCAGUGCUCUUCAGGGGUGGAUCUAGGAGAAGGGUCGGUGUGCACCCCUCCCUGAGAUGACCUGCAGCUUUCUAAUACAACUGGUAUUUUACUAAAAAAGCACUGUGUAGUUUAUUGGUGUUGAAGUAAAACAUGAGGCAAGGUUGAAAAAAACGGUGUAAUGUCAAAUGCCGCGAAAAUGGCAGUUUGGCCGUGAAGUCUGCUGUGUCAUUUGAUAUGCAUUCUCAUCAGUUCGCAUUAUGUUAUUGCCUAGUCAAAAGCCUUCUUCUUUGUAUCUUUAUUCUUUGUUAUGCCAUUUUUUAGUGGUACACCCCCUCCUAAGAAGGAUUCCUGGAUCCACCCCUGCUCUCAAUUUUUGCCCGCGUCAAACAAUACAAAAAAUCUGCAAGACUGCUAAAUUCAUCCCUUGCCAUAUUUUCUGGUCAUGGGAUAUUUCAUUAAUUUUGUUAUCUGCAUCCCUGCCCUCCAAUGUAAGGCAUGAUUCCAACAUCCCCCUGUCCUCCCUUUUAUAGAAAUUAAGUGGAGAUUUUUCAAAUUCCCACUGUUACAGGGAAAAGUUGAGGAUCUUUUGACACAAGAUAACUGUUCCUUGGACUUCCCAAGCUGGUUAUUUAGUAACAUAUAGUUGCAGUACCUCAUAGAUUCUAAAGUAACGAUUCCAGCACUUUACAUUUGAGGAGGAUUCUGAUACGGUUCAUUUAGACUGUCUGAAGAAAUAAGAACAAGGGGGAGUGACACAGAAAUUGUGCGACAAGUUGCAAUAGAAACUACCUUGCAUAACACCACCUUCCAUAAUUUGAAAUAUUGUUUUCUUUUCAUUUCCUUCUAGACCCAAAAGGAUUUAAAGUAGAAAAUCUUCGAAAACUGGAUGAACAAGAAAAAUUAGAGUAUGGUGAUUCAGAUGAAGAAGAUGGAAGGAUUCAUUUACCCUUGAAAAAAAAUAAACCCAAAAGAGUGCGCAAUUACAAGAACAAAAUGGAAAAUUGGGAAAAUGCCGAGGUACAAUUUAACAACCUACAAGCUAUGUUAAAUGUAGCUAUUCUAUAACAUUUUAGUACAAACUUCCAAAUUUUGUUUUCUUCUCCCUGUAUUAAUGGUUUGCCUGUGAUUUCAUGGCAGCAAUGUCAGUUGAAAAGAUGACAAUUGUUUCCCUUAGAUGAGAACUAAUCUCUUUUUUUUCAUGGAAAAUUGCCUGGUUUAGCCUCUCGAGUCCCAAGAGUGACCAAAGUCAAUUUUCUCCCAACAAAAUCAAUACAUAUUCAAGGGAAAAUUGUGGGAAUUAAUGAAAUGACCACCUGAUGGGAAAAGCUUUGAUAUACAAACAAAUUCUCUUAACCAAUUCAUUAAGGAAAUGUAUGGAGAUCAGUCUGGAGAAUUUGGAUUUGGAUAUUGGGGCUGAAAAGGUAAAUAAACUUGCAUGGCCACCUUGCCAUGUGGUUGGAAAUGGAGAAUAUGGCCAGUUGGAUUGAGUCCCGGGGGGGGGGGGGGGGGCCCAUCUUUUCAUUUCCUUCUAGACCCAAAAGGAUUUAAAGUAGAAAAUCUUCGAAAACUGGAUGAACAAGAAAAAUUAGAGUAUGGUGAUUCAGAUGAAGAAGAUGGAAGGAUUCAUUUACCUCUGAAGAAAAAUAAACCCAAAAGAGUGCGCAAUUACAAGAACAAAAUGGAAAACUGGGAAAAUGCCGAGGUACAACUUAUCAACCUACAAGCUAUGUUAAAUGUAGCUAUUCUAUAACAUUUUAGUACAAACUUCCAAAUUUUGUUUUGUUCUCCCUGUAUUAAUGGUUUGCCUGUGAUUUCAUGGCAGCAAUGUCAGUUGAAAAGAUGACAAUUGUUUCCCUUAGAUGAGAACUAAUCUCUUUUUUUUCAUGGAAAAUUGCCUGGUUUAGCCUCUCAAGUCCCAAGAGUGACCAAAGUCAAUUUUCUCCCAACAUAAUCAAUACAUAAUCAAGGGAAAAUUGUGGGAAUUAAUGAAAUGACCACCUGAUGGGAAAAGCUUUGAUAUACAAACAAAAUUAAUUCUCUUAACCAAUUCAUUAAGGAAAUGUAUGGAGAUCAGUCUAGAGAAUUUGGAUUUGGAUAUUGGGGCUGAAAAGGUAAAUAAACUUGCAUGGCCGCCUUGCCAUGUGGUUGGAAAUGGAGAAUAUGGCCAUUUGGAUUGAGUGUGGUGUUUAGGGUCUGGCAAGUUUACGGAUUCAUUUACAUGUGAAUCAGCAGAGUCGCUAUUUUAAGGGUAUUUUUAUAUUUUAUUGUAAGAGUAUUUUAUACAAGCAAGCUUAAGAUACAUGUAUGACAGGUUACUUAUGUUAGCUUUGUCUCUUUCCAGUCUGUUAACUUGUCAUACCAAGACCUUGGGGAUCCAUUUCAGAGAAAAGAAUUUCAGCGAGUUCUCAGAAGGCUCAUGAGAUGUGAGAAUUUACAACUUAUUGAGAACUCCUUGCAAGACUUAAGCAGUGUCUUACUUCCAAGGUGAGCUACUUUUUUCUCUUUUUGCACUUUACCCUUCCAAUGGAAUUUACUUACCUUGCUGUGAAGGUUAAAGCAGACGGGAGACAAGUUUAUACCCAGAGAAAACAAAACCAUUUCCCAAUUACACCAAAGAUAAUGGCAUUUACUAAAGACCAGGGAACCUUUUCUUGAAUGUCCUGUAACUAUUAAACCCUCAAAGCUGUUGUACAUUUGGGGUUUUGUAAAGUUUUAACAGUUUUGCAGACAGUAUGAUAAAACUGGUUAGUUUUUUACAAUGUCAGCAGGAUCUAUGUCUUUACAGUGUGCUUUCUUAGAUUUUGACUGCAACAUUUGCCUUACAUGCACUCAAAAAAUUACCAUGACUUCCCUUAAUAGAUCUCAGAUCAUUAUACAUUUCUGGGAAACUGCUCACCUACUCCUCCCCUAAGCCAACGUUGUGGCGUACAUUGUAAGUGAGAAGUAAGUGUUAAUGUUGACUUAGGGGAGGGGUACAAUGUAGGUGGGCAGUUUCCCAGAAACGUAUAAAUGGCUUGUUCCCCCCUCCCCUAUUUGGAUUCCUGCUUGGGUAGUAGAAAGCAUCACUCUUGUCUGAUGUUAUAAUAAGGAGCCAUGUAAUAUUUUUACAUUUUUUUUAUUGUCCAGUUACAUUUUGUUGGGCUUUAUCUUUGCGAGUGUAUAAUAAGUUUGUUCUUUAAUGAUAAUAUUGCAGGUGUACACAUCUUUACCUUCAAAGAAAUUUUAUUACAGACUUAAAGGUGAGAAUAAUACCUAACCUUAUUUCAAAAUAGAUAAGGUUCCUCGUGUAAAGUCCUAAGUGACUUCUGAUUUAUUGCUAAGUUCUCCUUUCAGUUUGCCUUGUAUAUGCAUGAGAAUCAGGGGGAGAAUUUAAAAUAAGAUCAGGAGUCAUCUUGAGCCUUCUUUCACUCACCUCUUCUGUCAAUUUACUUAUUCUUUCACAAUCUGUUGUUUAAGAUUGCAUGGUAUUUAUGAAGGACUGAAUACUAAUCUCUCUUUUCCCUUUUUCUAAUGGCAGAAACUUCCAAAAGCCCCUCUUCUUGUACACUUGUCACUACAGCAAAAUAAUGUUGAAAGUUUAAAUGGAUUGGAAGUACUUAGAAAGACGACGAUUCAGUCACUUGUUCUCAAAGGAAAUCCAGUGGAAUUAGACCCUACCUACAGGCAACAGUACGUUAAAUUCAUUUGAUUUGCAAGAUUGUGAACUUCCAUAAAAUCAUGUUGAUCUUUUUGUGGCAAAAAAGUGGGUUUGACUUUGUGCUACAACAAUAAGAAAAAUUAGUAAGGUGAAAAAAAGAGCCAAAAUUACCCAAAUUUUCUUCAAUGAUAAUGUUAUUGUGAUGGGACUGAGUUGAAUGGGAUCAUACUUAAUUCUGACAAUGACAGUGAUGAAGUCUUGAAAUCAAUUGAAAUGUGGUUUUAAUAAAGCUAUUGUAAACACCAAAUUCUUUUUUCUUGUUUCAGGGUUUUCAGCAUUCUACCUCAGCUUCAGCUGUUGGAUGGAAUUCCUAAAUUGGAAAGUGAUUCAGGAGAUGCAGUAGUCGGUGCAAAAUCCUGUAUUGUCUCAUAG